UCGUAUUCUGCAUUAUCAUGACGCCUGGCCAAAGACGGCAGCGGGGCCUGCAGUAUGGAAUAUUUUUGUUAUGUAUGCAGGCCCUAAAUUUCGGACUGGAUAAAAUACCACCUACUACUUUAAUUGGAGUUAUUAUACAGACUUUGUUGUACACUGGAUUGGUACAAGUACCAUGGAAUGCAGAGGAAGUAUGUAUAUCGGCUGUAAAAAUAAUUAAAUAUAGAGAUUGGCGAUCUUUUUUCCUUUCAAAUUUUGAACAUGGAUCCGAUAUGCAUCUGUAUUAUAAUAUGUUUUCCUUUAUUCUAAAAGGAUCAUACUUAGAACCCAUCUAUGGAACAAUAAACUUUACACUUUUACUUGUUAUACUAUCCACUGGCUGUAGUAUUAUGUAUGUAGCUUUAGGAUAUAUGCUGAUGCAAUUAACGGGAGAUUAUGGAUAUUUUACAACUUGUGCUAUUGGCUUUUCCGCAACAUUAUUUGCAUUAAAAGUAAUUGUGCUGUGUGAAGAACGUGACAGAUUGCAUAAUGUCAGUGGAUUUAUAGUACCAAGUAAACUAGCUGUAUGGCUUGAAUUGAUAUUAAUACAUCUCUUGGUUCCAAAUUCCUCCUUGGUGGGACAUUUGGGUGGUAUCUUAGUUGGAUGUUUAUAUUCUUACACAUUUGUUGGAGAAAUAAUUGAUAAUUUGAUACAUAUGAUAACUGAUACACCCAUUUUACAUGAAGAACCAUUUUAUAGAAAACGAAACACACUAUUUACUUGAUACAUUUUAUAAUUACUUAAUAUAUGUAAUAAAGAUAUAUAUAUAUAUAUAUAUAU